AGUUUCAUUAUACACCGUUUUAUGUGUUUGGCGUUUUAUGCAGAAGUAGCGUUAUAAUAAAACAAUAAACAAUAUGCCGAUAUUGUGUUCUCAAAUAGCGGAAGAAUAAAUUUAAUAGAUUAAUCGGGAUUAUUUAAACAAAUUUAAAACAAUUUUAUGGUGUUAUUUAAUAAUGGAUAGUGUCAAAGCGGAGGACGAACUAACCUCAACAGUGGACAAUGUCAUGUCAACGUCCAAUAAAGAGGAAAAAAGCGACUCUAGUGAUGCUACCCCGACUUCUUCGACCGAUGCUAAUACUAAUCCUACGGCUUCCCGCACAGUUUCUGAUGAUCCAAUUAGUAGCACCUCUUCAGACUCAUUUGAUCCCAAAGCACCUACAAUGAGUCAACAAAGUCUGUCAACAGAUAAAACACAACCUACGGAUCAAGUUAAUGAAUUAUUAGAUAUACUUGAUACAAACGAGAAGGUUACAGAAGAUGUAGAAGAUCUUGUGCACGAUCUAGAAAGUCUUUUAGGAGAACCAGAGGAACCUUUCAAUUUACCACCCAAACCAAAUGAAAUGGUGGAUAACAAAUUGACGAGCAAAGCUGGUCAACAAGUUGGAGAAAGUGCUGAUAACAAUUUAGAUGAAAUUGUAUCACCUAACACUGAAUCUACAGAAAAUAUAAGGAAAUGUGAAGAAGAAGCCUCAGGAACAGGAUCUUGUUCUGCCGUUCACAAUGAAGAUGCUGAAAAACUUUCUGAUGAUAAAGGAGAUAACAAUACUCAAGAAGAUAACAUCCAGCAGGGUCUUUCUCAAAGUAUUGGAGAAGAUAUAACUUCCAGUGGGGAUAAAACAUCUAUUUCCACAGAAAGAAGAAACAGUGAAGAUUGUAGAGAAGCAGAUAGUGUUAACACACAAACUAUUAAUGAAACCAGUGAUGCAAAUGAAGAAAAAACAAAAUUAGAUGAUAACAGCAACAAUACUGACAAAAUUGAAGAACAUUCCAGUGAAGCUGAAGCUGUGCCUUUAACUAGAGAAGAAACAGAAGAUUCCAAAGAAGAAAACACCAAUGUUGAAUCACCAAUGGAAAUAUCUUCAAGCGAAGUUAGCAGCAAGUCUAAAACAAUUCCAGAAACUUCCAACCAAGAAGCUGUGGGCUCUAGCGAUAAUCCUAAUCAAAUUCAAGUUGAACAAAAGAGUGAGACUGAUGGAAAAGAUACUGAUACAGAAAAAGGAAGCUCACUUGAAACAGAAUUAGUGAUUAAAACUGAGGAAGUUCAAGAUAGUACUAAAGAAGUUUUGCAGUCAAAUACAGAAGAUCUACGAGAUGUUGGCGAAUCCAUAUCUAAACAAAUAAUUGAAGCAAAUCCGUUGAAAUUGAGCGAAGAAAAAUCUCAAAACGAAGUUUAUAAGGAAACUAUUGAAGGAGAAGCUAGUGCAGAGCCUGGAAAAUCAUCUAAUGUGGAUAAAAGUGAACCGGAAUCAAAAGAGACCGAAAUAGUUUGUGAAAUAGAAGCAGAUAAUGAAGAAAAUAAUGAAAAUGAGAUAACUGGUACAAAUAUAACGAAUCAAAGUCAACCAGAUGUGUCAACAAUAGAAACUGAAGUUGAUAUUCUUAAAGAAAGUACCGAAAUCGAUGGAGAUUGUAAAGUUAAUGCUGGAAAACCUGGAGCUUCGUUAAUAGUUUCUGAAUCUCAAUCUGAUUGUCUUCAAAUUGAUAUACAACCUGAAACGGUAAUGGAGAAUAAGGAAACUGAAGACACUACUUCAAUUAAUGAGUUUGAAAUAUCAAAUCUGAGUGGAACGCUGAAAAAAUCAACUGAAAUUACAGAUGAAGAUGAAGAAUCUGAUAAAAUAGAGUCAACGCAAACUGUUGGUCGAAAUGUAGCAGCUGCUACAUCAGAUCCAAUUCAAGAAGUGAUUGAAACGACUGAAAUAUCUAGUAGAGUGGAUGAAUCCCAAAAUGAUGAAGCAAAAACUAAUGAUUCUCCACAAAUGGUCAUUGAUACAAUGUGUGUGGCGUCAAAACCUGAUUCUUCUUCAGAAAAUACCAAAAAGGGAGUUGAAACAUUAGAAGAAUUGGCCAAAGACGAAGAUGUUGGUGUUAUUGUGGAAAAAACUCAACCUCAAAUAGAAAAUCUACAAGAAACAGGAUUGGAAAAAGUGGUGAUAGAUUUAGAAGUGUCCGAGUCUUCAGAAAAUAAGGAAUCAGAGGAGCAAAGUGGUACCAAUGGUCAAAAUGAAAUUAUUGAAAAUAAUACGGAAGUAACAGUACCAGAAUCGUCUGAUGUUACAGUACAAGUAGAUGAAAACAUUACAUCGAGGCAAAAAAUUGAAAAUAGUGAUAUUAUUAAGACGGUAUGUGAAGAAACUAAAACUGUAAUUGAUAUCGAUAAUAGUGAAGAAAAACCGGAAAGUAGGGAUACAAAACAGUCAGAAAUAGACAUUGAAACGAAUGUCGGUGAAACUUCCAAAGAAAAUAAGGAUAUAACUGAAAUUAGUAAGCCGAAUGAGGAUUUUACAAAAAAAUCUGAUGACGAUAUCGAAUUUAUUGAAUCAGUUGAAAAUCAGGAUAAUGAAGCCGAAGGUGUUGUUGAAAGUAGUGAAUUUGAUACAGAAAUGAUUGAAUCAGUGGAAAAAAUACAAUCGGAAUCAACCGAGACGGAUAAAAAUGAAGAGUGUAAUAAAACGACAGUUGAAUCUGAUUCGGCUGACUUAACACCACUAAAGACUGACGUUGAAUCACCGAUUAUUUUGUCUAAUAAUCAAAACGCAGAAGAGACCGAUUUAAAAGCUCCUAAAGUUAAAGAAAACGAUACAGAAAUUGAUAUAAUUGAUAAAGUGACUUCUACAGACGUCGAUAUAAUUAAUAAAGAUGAAAUUCGAUCCGAUUCGAUUAAAGAUAUAGAAAGAAUCACCGGAUGUGAUGGAAUCAGAUCUAAAAUACCGGAUCUGGAAUUUGCACCUCUCCAGUUAUCCGAAGAUGAUGAUUCUGACGAAGAAACCGUACCAAGAUUGGUACUAACACCUGAACAUAAUAUUAUUUCCGUAACUGAUGAAAAUGAUGAUAAAUCACCGCAAGCUGAAGAUAUUUUAGAAGAAAAAUGUGUAAUUGUUCAACACGUGAUUCCACCACAGGUCGAUACUCCAGAAAAUUUGGAAACGAUUUUAGCAGUUGCCAGUUUACAAAAUAUCGAUAUACCCAAAAAUCAAGGAGAUUAUAUAACCGAAAAAGAAAGAAAGGAAAUGGAAGCGUUAGCCAUAGCUGUACAAAGUAUUACCGAUACUUCCAGUAGUUCAUACGUAGAAGAUUACAUUGAUCCCGCAAUAUUACAACCAAAUCUCGAAACCGAAGUAAAUGGCCAAACUACCUUAGAUAUACAAGAACCAGUAGAAGCUGCACCUGUAGAAUCUAUGGUUCUAGAUGAAUCUACAGCUGAAAAUGCACCUGUAGAAUCUACACAAGUAGCUACAGCUGAACAGGCACCUGAAGAGACUGUACGAAAAGCUGUAGAUGAACAUGCACCUGUAGAAUCUAUACAAAAAGCUAUAAUUGAAGAAAAGGCACCUGCAGAAUCUAUACAAGAAGCUGUAACUGAAAAGGAACCUGUAGAAUCUAUAAAAGAAGCUGUAGAUGAAGAAAGACCUGUAAAUCAAGAAGCUGUCGUUGAAAGGAAACCUGUAGAAGCUAUAGAAGAAGCUGUAGUUAAAGAGGGACCUGUGGAAUCAAUGCAAGAAACUGUAGUUGAUAAAGAGAGACCUGCAGAAUCAAUAAAAGAAGUUGUAAUUAGAGAAGGACCUGUUGAAUCGAUACAAGAAGCUGUAGUCGAAGCAGAGAGACCUGCAGAAUCGAUACCAAAAGCUGUAGUUGAAAAAGGACCUGUAGAAGCUGUACUUGAAACAGAGACACCUGCAGAAUCUAUACCAAAAGCUGUAGUUGAAAAGGGAACUGUGGAAGCUGUAGUCGAAGCAGAGAGACAUGCAGAAUCGAUACAAGAAGCUGUAGUUGAAUCAGAGAGACCUGCAGAAUGUAUACAAGAAGCUGUAACUAAACAAGGACCCGUAGAAGCUGUACUUGAAGCAGAAACACCUGCAGAAUCUAUACCAGAAGCUGUAGUUGAAAAGGGAACUGUGGAAGCUAUACAAGAAGCUGUAGUUGAAGUAGAGAGACCUGCAGAAGGAUCCGCAGAAUCUAUAAGAGAAGCUGUAGUCGAACAAGGACCCAAGGAAUCUGUACAAGAAGCUGUAACUGGACAAGAGAGACCUGUAGAAUCUACACAAGAAACUGUAGCUGGAGAAUCUACAAUUGUAGAUCAAAUUAUAGAAGAAACAGUACCCGAGAUGAAGGAACCGAAUGAUGUUGAAGCAGAAGCUGUUGUGGAAUAUGAAGAAAAUGUUGAAACUGGAUCUGUAACGGAAGCAACAUCAAUUGAAGACGGUGUAAACGUUUUACAAGCUGGAACUGUUGAUGAUAAAAAAGAAAUUGUUGUAAUCGUAGAAGAAAAUAAAGAAGAUAAAUUGAAACAAGAUGCGGUAUUACAACAACCUGUUGUGGAAACUUCUUCUGCCAAAGAGGCAGCAUCAAUAGUACACGAAAUUGAUUUAUCCGAUUCCCUACAUGAUGCAAUCGUUGACAGUGGACCUAACAAAGAGAUUGUUACACCUGGAUUAGAUCUGCAAGUCAAAGAUGGUUCAAAUGCGUCAGAAGAGAAUACAAGAAUUGGAAAUGAUAAAUCAUCAAAAUUAAUAGAAAACAAUGUAGUUGCUGAAGAUAUAACCCCAAUAGUAGUACCGAUAAUGUCUGAUGCUAAAACUGAUUUAGUUUUGUUGGGAAGUCAAGAAAGUACCAACAUAUCUCAAUGCGACAUCACCAAAUCAGAUAGGGAAAUCAGAUCUAGAAUUCCUACUAGAAAACACAGUAAAAAAUCCGAAAAACUAGAAGAACUUACUAUAAACGUAGACGUGCCCGAUAGGGAAAAGACCUACAGUCCGAAAAUAACAAUAAAACCUAUUAAAGUACCGGACGAAGAGGUUAGUACCACUACUGAUUCGGAAACCAAAGGUAGCUUGAAGAUGACCAUAACGAAACAAUCUGAUAACAUGCAUUCGAUUCUGAAGAUAAGCGAUCAGGAAAAUUCUGAUUUAACCAUUGAACCGGACGAGCCGAUACCUAAAUUGAUAAUAAAACCGAAGAUGCAACAGGUAGAGCAACAACACAGUCCGAAGAUGUCUACUAGAAGCUCGAAACAUUCACCUACCAGUUCGAAUCAAAGGUCUAGUAGUCCUAGGAUAACAAUAAAACCGGUGGUUAAACAAGAACAACCUGUUAGUCCGUUGAAAAUAAAAAUAAAUACUAAAACUAAAGUUUCAACGAAAGAAGACGAAACGACAAGGAAAUUGUCUAUUAAAUCGACGGUAAAAGCAGUGGAAGAACCCGAACAACAACUACCGAGUCCUAGAAUAACUAUUAAACCGAUACCAAAACCGGAAUCCGAAAAAGAAUCAAAUCCGAGAUUGACAAUAAAACCGUUAAAAAAACCAGAAGAAGAUGUAGAAAACGAAGAUAAAGAACGUUGCAACCCCAAAAUAAUCAUCAAACCCAUAGUAAAACCCCAGGAAAGCGAAGUGACUCCUUCCCAACAAGAAGAUGAGGAAAUCAAAGAGAGGAUAGUGCUAAAGAUCAACAAAGGAAACUUACCUCAUUCACCAACCAAGGAAUCCAAAAAGAAAGAUCAAUCUUUGGACGAAGAUAAGUCGGAAAAAUUAGCCAAGAUAACGGUGAAAUUUUCUAAAGAGGGCGGUCAUCCCCAUAUCGUGCAACAAUUAGGGGACGAAUCGAAUCAGAAGAGACCCCAUGAGGAAACCGUGGAUAAAAAUAAGAAGCUAAAAGUUGAUAUGGAAUCGGUUGUUGCUACAAGGUCGAAACAUAAGGAUCAUGAUGUGAUUGAUAAUAAAUCGAAUCCGGGUCCGGAGUUGAGGACGAAGCACAAGGAUCACAGUCUCGAAUCACCCGUAGAAGUUAAAAGGACCAAGAAGGAUAAUUUCAACGAAAAAUUGAAAGUUAAGGAUCCAGAUACGGAUGUAUGUGUGAUCGAAAGCAAAAUAGAUUCUCCAAUAAUUAUUAGCGAGGACUCCAGAUCUCAGGAUAGUGGUAGUGUAAUUUUGUUGGAUGAUGUAAAAGAAGACUCUGUAUCUUCUAUCGAUAUAUCUAAAUAUACGUUAAAAGCAGCAAAUCUAUCAAGUGUAGAAUCCGCUACACAGUCUCCAAUAAUCAGAAAGAGAGGUAGACCGAAAAAGGGCAUUUUAUCCACAGAUGUGGAAAGGGAUUCGGCGACGCCGUCUCCUGUGCCUAAAAAGAAAGGUAGACCGAGAAAGACAAUCAGUCCCGUUAGAGAAAUGGAAAUGAAAGAAACCCCGACAGAAAUCGAAAUAGUGGAAUUUGAGUCUGCCACCCCGUCCCCAAUUUCGACUACACCUUUACCCAUAGCCAAGAAAAAAGGGCGACCACGAAAGAUCGUGGCCGAUGUACAGGAAGAACAAAAAGUUAUGGAAGUGACAAAUUCCAAACAGGAAAUCCACGAAUCCGGUAGACCUAAACGUAGUUGUAGGGGACAAUCCGUAUGUGAUACCCUCGGAAUUAAACCAAGGAAAUCACGUGGUUCCGGUCGGGGUAGAGGAAGUUUGCGCGGCGUGGGGAACAGAUCUUUCUCAGAUAGGGAUGCAUCGUUCGAGAUAAAACUAGAUGUUAAAAAUUUGGAAAAUAAUGUUGUGAACAACCCGAGAGAAAGUAACAAAGUGAUCGUUAUAGAAGAUAUAAAAGGAAAAACUGUCGAAAAUAUAAUUAUAGAAAUCGAUUCCGAGGAUUCGCAACCGUCCGAUAUUACAAAUAAUCCCAAGGAUUCUAAAUUUGUAGAAACGGUCGAAGUACAUUCGACCGAAGUUGGUUUACAACCGUCGUUUGUUGGAAAAUUAUCGGUCGGCGAAACGGGUACGAAGUUUGUUAAAAAUAUCGAUAAAAAGGAGGCGAAAGGGAGUUUUGUAAAAACUGAUGUCGAUGUUAAGAAAUCUUUGAUCGAUGUCGAAAGUUCUAUACCUUUUUCGAUAUUGGCGCCACCAACUACGCCGAAAGAUUUUUCUCAAAUAGGUACUUCUAUGAGGACCAGUCAAAUUGUUCCGUUAACGAAAUCUUCUAAUACCGAAAUUGCUUCGGUGAGCAGCGUUUCUUCGGAAAUUAUGAUAGUCGAUGAAGAUACCAGAAUGAGCGCGGAUACUAGCAGCAGAGCUCAAACUCCAGCUAAACAAGUAGUCGCUUCUUCCGAUUUAAUAGAAGAAUCCCAAAGUUCGGUACACAGUAACGGUACGACUUUAACGGAAUACGGCAAAACCCCAUCGAGACCGAGUAAAGCGCCGCGUUUGGAAGUACAAGAAUCCGAUUCGGCGAUCAUAACCGCCGAUCAUUUAUCCGAAUAUUAUUGGAACGGCAACGGACCGUUCAUGCUACAAGAACAGGUCGCUCACUUUCUAGGAAUCAAAUCGUUCAAAAGAAAAUAUCCCGGUAUAAUGAGGAGGAUGUUGGACAUGCAGGAAAGGGAUUAUAUAAGGGAACAAGGUUUGGCGUCCGAGCAUAUGUGCGAUUUGGGUUUGACGGCGGUAAACGCCGCCGACAUAUUAGACAUAAUGUAUUCCGAUUUUCAAGAUAAAUACGAGGAAUAUUGCAAACACCAACGCGACAGACAAGCCAAAGAAUUGAUCAGCAAACAGAAGGCUUUGAGUUUGGCGGCUACGCAAGAAAAAUGUAAGGCCGAUAUUACCGAACAGGCGGUACAUUCGGCGGCGCAAUGGAACACGAAAUUCAAUAAGGCGAGAAGAGAACAAAGAAAAACUUGUAUGGAUCUACAAAAUCUGACGGUGCAUUAUCCGAAAGGUAAAACGGUACCCGCGGUACCGGCGCCGCAUCCCGGCGAUUACCCCGUCGCUUUAGUGCCCGGACAAUUCGGGGAAUAUUACGAGGAAUUCACGCCUACGGAAUUGAACAAUCUACCGAUCAACACGAUGUGUUACGAUACCGUCAACUUUAUCCCGCGUUACGAUACCGACGAUUCCGUUUCGGAUGCUUCCGAUUCCGAUUCGGAUACGUCGGGUUCGUCGAGUUCUAGUUCAGAUACCGAUUCGUCAUCCGGUAUCGACGAUUGUAAAUUGUGUAAACAACAAUCGCCGAAAAAAAUUACUCCGGCGACGUCUCCGUCGGCGGUGACUAUCAAUCCCAUUGUUACAAAGUGAUUUUAUCAUCAUAUAAAGAAUUUAUUAUUGGGGACGUCCUGUAUAACGAGAUUUUAUCGAUGGAUGAUGCGUUGAAUUAUUUGUCUAUGAAAUGUCCAAUUUUUUGGUUACGUUCCUUUAUUAUUUAACGUUGUAAUUGAUCCCUAAAUAAAUCUGUAUAAUCUUGGUGAUGAGAAUCGAUGCAAAAUUUUUGUUUCCGUACAUAAAAUUCCUCAAAAUGUUCGUUUGUAAUCAGUUUUAUUAAUUUCCUCACUAUUGGUCUUUCUAUAUUCGUAAUUUCAAUGAAAACGGUCCAAAUCUAUCCAUUUCACAAAUUUUCAUUGAAUAAAUUUCUUGUUGGGUCCAAUUUUUGAGUCAUGUUCCUUUUUUUUGGUUUUUUAACGUCUUCAUUGACUUUUUGAUCCCUAAAUAAAUCGAAAACACUCUGUAUAAUCUUGGUGAUGUGAAUCGAUGCAUUAUUUUUGUUUCCUUACAUAAAAUUCCUCGCAAUGGUCAUUUAUAUUUUUGUUUUUGGAUAUUUUGUAUAUUUUUUUUAUUUAUAUUUUCGUGUACCGUCAAGCAACGUGUUGAAAAUUCACUGUUUCCAUUCAUUUCCUUAUUGUUGGUUUUUGUUUUUCCAUAAUUUCACUAAAAAGGGUAAAUCGAUGCAAAAAUUAGCAAUUUCAUCGAAAUGAUCUUUUAUAUCAAACUCUAUCCGAUUUGAAGCGUUCUUGUUAUUGAUUUUGGUAUAUCGUCAUGGUACGUGUUUAAAAUUCAAUGUUUUUGUUCAAUUUCCUUAUUUUUGAUCUUUCUGCAUCUUAUAGUCUCUAUAUUUCGUUAAAAAUGUACCAAAUCUAUUCAAAAAUCAAAAAUUGAUGCAAAAUUUCAAUUUCCACAGAAUAAAAUUUUCAAAAUGGUCAUUUACAAUUGUGUAGAUCCAAUUUUUAGGAUUUCUUGGUACUAAUAAUCAUAUAUCGUCAAGCUAUGUGUUGAAAAUUCACUGUAUUCCAUUAAUUUCCUCACUAUUGGUCUUUGUAUAUCAUCUAUUGUAUGAAAAGUUCCAAAUAAAUCUGAAAUAAAUCCAAAAAUAGGACAAAAAUUAUUCAAAUUUUACAUGUCAUAUAAAAUUACCAUUUUUUUUUAAAUUCUAUUUGAAAAAAAUUUAUUUGUCAUUGAGAAUAUUGAAAAAAAAUUAGAAAAUUUAUUCAAUUUUGAUUUCUAUAGAUUAUUUAAAAAUUAUUUGUAUAUAUAAUUUUUUUAUAUUUUUUAUUUGAUUUACAAGAAAUUUAACUUGUAGCUGUUCUUUUGUAAUAAAAUGAUGAUAUAAAAGAAA